CUCAGCGGCGAAGGAAGCUUUUUUGCGUAGAAAAAACAUGAUGUCAGCGUUACUAGAGACUGUUUUUUGGGGUUUUUUGCUGACCCUGCUUCACCGGUGCAUUUCCACCAAAAAUCAUUGCCAUUUCGACACACGCUGGCGGUUUCUUGACUGUAGAAACCGUGGGCUGAGGGAAAUUCCCAUCCACGAGUUUCAUUUCGGUGACAUAUUGGGUAUAGACAUCAGUCAUAACAAUAUCACAAUCCUCAAGAACUUGACAUUUAUUAACGUCACCGGACUUCUGACACUGGAUCUUUCUCACAACGCCAUAAGUCGCUUGGAAUCCGAUGCCUUUGUCGGGCUUAACCGCCUAACUUCCCUGAAUUUGUCCGAUAACCCAUUUGUCUUGAGCCCCACAGUAUUAACUCCAGAGCUGUUUCAACCUCUCAUCAGCCUACAAGAAAUAACUAUCAAACGUUAUAGGAACUCAGAGUACCUGAACUGGAAAGGUAUAGACGCUUCUUUCGCUGAGCUCAGAAACUUGACAAAAUUGCUAAUGAACUUCCCCACGGACUUUGUAUUUGAGAAAGGAUUUCAGAACCUGACAAAACUAAUCGGAAUCUUCGCCUCUGGAAGGCCAGAACUCGAUGGAGACUGCGUGAUAGGGACGCUGAGAAACUCCACGUUCGAAGCUUUCAGAGAAAUUCCUGUGAAAGAGCUACACCUGGUGCACUGUAACAUUGACACGAUAGAACUCGACGCUUUCGACCCACUUCGCUCACUGACAACACUGGAUCUUACCUACAACCAAGGUGUUGGUUUGCCAAACGCCUUGAAAUCUUUGUACAGUUUGCAAGGAAGGAAAAUGGAGGCGAUUAAAUUUUCCCAUGUUAAUAAUGCUACUUGUGGUAAUUCCAAAUUCAGUUUAUAUCAGUCCGAUUGUGAAUAUCUGAAAACCAUUUGUGUGAAAUCCCUGGAUAUGUCCCAAAAUUAUAUCAACUUUGUGGAUGACUCUCUUGAACCUAAAGUAAAAUUAGACUGUAUAGAAAAGGUAAAUAUUUCCUUUCAUUCACUUCGUUGUGUUCCGUGGAAGCUCCUGAUGUCAAUGGAAAAUGCCACACGUUUAACAGAUGUGGACAUCAGUUACGGUUUUGGAGCCCCGAAUUAUGAUAGCAAUGUCGCACAACGGUUUUCCAUUCGCGGAAAUACAGAUUGUAACAUUUCUGACCUGGAAAUCUUUUUCCCGCCUGCUUUGGUGAGGUUAAAUAUGAGCGAUGUCUCUUCCUGGCUCCACCUACAUUCGGACAUAAAUAUUAAAAGUGGAGGCAACCUCAGACAAGUCGUCGCUGCCUAUAAUAACUUAGACAACUGCGCAGGCUCUAUUCUACGAGGAGUCGAAAAUCUAACAGAUCUGGAUAUUUCUGGUAUGAUUUGCCACACCAUCCCGUCAGAAUACUUCCGGUCGUUUCCAAAGCUGACUAAACUCUCGCUGUCCAACUCGCCAAAAAUGGACAUGGCACUAGUAUCGACCACACGACCUUUUGCUUUACUCACAGACUUGGAAGACAUUGAUCUGUCCGGGAACAAACUCGUCGAAAUUCAUCCUGAGCUCUUCCACAACAACAAAAAUUUGCGAUCCAUCAAUCUAGCCAACAACAAACUUCGGCAUCUGCCAGCAGCCUUGUUCAACAUUCCCAGACUUCGGCAGUUGGAUCUGUCCUACAACGUCUUCAGUAAUCUUCUUGCCGACGAGAUGAGGUUUCUUGACGGCUGGAUGCUGAACCAAGGCGGAGAUAGCUCGUUCAGGCUUCUUCUAGGAAAUAACCCUUUUCAAUGUACUUGCGACACGAUUCUGUUCAUUCGCUGGAUUCUUCAGAGGACCGCAUACAUUGACAAUUUUGAGGCCUACUCGUGCUAUCUGUCCAACGGCUCCCGGAGCUCUGUGAUUAGAUUUGCCAAGGACUUGGUUGACUUUGAGGUGAAAUGUGUGAGUCAAACUUACCUCAUCAUUUCAGUGGUCGGCAGUUUAACCCUACUCACCCUGAUCCUACUGACGGCUGCAAUCUACCGUUACAGGUCAAACCUCAGAUACUGGCUCUAUACUAAACUCAAGCCCCCAGAGAAAAUGUUUGACCACCGACAAUAUGACUACGACGCGUUUGUCGCCUACACGUCUGAUGAUCACUUAUGGAUUUUGCAGGUGUUAAGGGUCCAGCUCGAGUUGGCAGAUGAGCCAGUAAAGCUUUGUCUGCACGAGAGAGACUUUCUUCCCGGAAAGCCCAUACACCAGAACAUCGUGGAUAAGAUCAGAGAAAGCAGGAAAAUACUUUUGAUCAUCAGCGUGGCUUUUCUGGAAUCAACUUUUGGCCCUUUGGAAAUCGAGUAUGCAGGAAUGAAAUGUUUGGAAGAAGGCAGGGACGACGUCAUAGUUUGUAUUUUGUUGGAGGACAUUCCUAUCCAUCGUAUGUCGAAAGCACUGAGGAACCUCUGGCACAAGAUAACAUUCGUCAAGUGGACCACUGUGCCUGAGGAUCAAGACGCUUUGUGGGCCAAAGUAAGGCGAGCUCUCCGUUAAGUAUUGCAAUUCUAAAUGCACUGAAAACAGGACGUGACUAGUUUCACGCGUUCUCAUCAUGCAGUUAUGCAUGAGCGGUUUCAGGCGAUUCUCAGCUCAACUAAACACCCGAAACUAUUGAUGGACGACUGUACAAUUAAAGCCUACAACUCCAGUUUGGCCACAGCUAUUUCUGAUAUACAGAUAUUGAAUGUGUAAAU